CAACAAUAGGGUGGGGAAGGGGCUGCAGUUAAAUAGAGGGACAUCCGUCGGUCGGCCUGAUCUCCGAUCGUCCUGCCUCUGCUGUUGUCACAUCGUUCUCUCUCCUGCUUCUGAUACAGUGAGAUCUCAUCAGCAGGAUGCCCGAGCACAUGUGAGUGAUCAGGCUUUGUGGUCUUGUUUUGGAUUAUUUACUCACUGACACAUGAAAAUACUUUUGAGAUUUGCUUAGGAAUCAUAUAGUUCUUUCCUUUCCGUUAAAUAUUUCCUCUUUCUCUUUUAUAGGCCAGAGGUAAGGGCAUUGUUAUCACUUACAUUUCUAAAAUAGAAAACUCAUUUAAAGUUUUAAAUAUGCUGUCAUGAACUAUGCUCUCCAUCCAGAGGAAGUCAAAGAUCUCAGCUUCAAGGAAGCUGAUGCUGAAGAGUCUGAUGGUAGCGAAAGCCAAGGAAGAAUUGGAGCAGGAGGCUGUGGUUAAAGAGGAGGAGAAACACAACUACCUGUCAGAGAGAGCGCCUGCACUAAACACCAGCAGCCUGAGCCUUGCACAGCUACAGGACCUCUGCAGAGAGCUCCACUCCAAGAUAGAUGUGGUCGACGAGGAGCGCUACGACAUUGAAGCCAAAGUCAUGCUCAACACACGUGAGAUUAAAGACCUGAACAUUAAAGUGUUGGACCUCAGGGGGAAAUUCAAGAGACCCAGCCUGCGCCGCGUCCGCGUGUCUGCCGACGCCAUCCUUCGCUCGCUGCUGGGCUCCAAGCACAAAGUCUCGAUGGACCUCAGGGCCAACCUCAAGUCUGUCAAGAAAGAGGACACUGAGAAGAAGCGGCCGGUGGAAGACAGCGACUGGAGGAAGAACGUGGAGGCCAUGUCAGGGAUGGAGGGAAGGAAGAAGAUGUUCGAUGCUGCCAAGGGUCCCACCCAGUGAGAGCACAGCAGGCAGGCGGUGGGCUGGUGUCAUGUGACGUGCGCCGCAUCUUCGGCAGCUUUUACAAUUCUGCCGUUAGUGUCGUCAUUCUUGUGUCCUCGCGCUCCCGGAAGGUCUUCUCCACUUUCCCUUCGGAAGUGCUCAGUUUGCGGUGGAUAUGAGUUUUUCUGUGUGGCAUUUUCUAGCAUUUGGAUCAUUGUCAUAAGUGAAUCCCAGAGAUUUAGGCUUAUUUACUUUACAGCAAAGUUAUAAAAGGAAAUGGCAGCUUGUACCACCAGAAGGCAAUUGUAGACUAAAUCAGAAGGCCAAAGGAUAUUAUAUUCACUAAUAAUCAUAUGAGCCAUAAAUCUUGAUGGGUUAUAAACUGUAAACAUGAGGUUUGAUGAACUGUAACAAAAAUGGCGUGCAGUUCAUCAGCCGAACUACAACAAUUGAACAAACCAAAUGUAUCUUUAUUACGUUGUGCUUUUUUCUUUAUAUCAAUAUUAAAUGAAUGC